AUGGAUGACAAUUCGCUCCGCAACACCAGAGGCAUUCACGCUAGAAUCACCGAAAUCCGAAAAGAGCUUAUCCUCCGUUAUGGGAAUAUCAUAGCGGCCGUUUCGAACUCAACCGACCCCGCCACGACCGCGGCCUUAGAUUCGGAUCGCACUUCGACGGCCAUCGCCCAACAUCAAAUUCAGGUCUCGACCGCAGGUCUUGUCAAGGCUGCCGAGGAUCUCCAGACUCUGAUCCGUCAAUUACAGGAGUUCUGGCUGUUUGGACAGCUGAACACCCUUGGAGACGGCGCGGUCAAGGCAGAGACCGAUCGCGACUCAGAGGCUGUAGCGAAAACGAUCGCGGAACUGCUCGAGCGGAGGGAGAGGACGGGCCAAGCGAACUAG